GUGAAUUGUGAUAUAAGUUCGGUUUAAUUAACAUCAGAUCACUUUAGUGUCAUAAUCACAUCACUUUAGGGUCACCUCGCAUUCAAGAACAUGUACUACCUCUGCACGAUCUAACCAUGCUUAACUCAGUCACAUAGAAGGGACCUUUCAUGCAAAGACUUUCGUCAGGCAAUUAGCGGAUACUAUAUAAUCUUAUAUUCGAUAAUCAUAAACUAUAUUUAUAUUUUGUAGUGUAACACACUCCAACCGGAACGCGGAAAUCUUUAAACCAAACGAUUUAAUUUAAAUUAAAAAGAACUACAUCAUGGACCCCUACAGAUUAAAUUGUUUGCCUAUUAUAUUGAAUUAUACCACACUCUGUAGUAAAACAUGAUAGUUCCCGUUAACUCAUGUCAAUAAUUCGCCCGCGAUCACGCAAGAAUUAAUUUUAACCUCAUGAAUAUAGUUUGAGGAACUCUUAAAAAGUGCUGAAACCAGAUGACAUUUGUUGAUAUACGCGAUAUUUCGGUUGACAUUACGCUUCCUUUCGCUUGCUGUACAUAUUCCAUCAACGCUAGGCAUAUACAGACUAUAAACAUGGGCUAAUUUCACGGUCUGGAAUCACCGAAAUGAUCUAUUAUGAAAUAUAUCGAAGAACACCUCUGUAAUUUGUGUUGAAAGAUAUGGAGUGAUAUUCACGCUUAGGUAAGAGCUUAAUUAAAUUUAUCGUGUAAAUUAAUGGUUUGAAAAUGUAUUAUGCAAAGUCACUGUAUAUGAAUUUUAAUCUUAAGGUUUGCUAGAUCGGAUUUCAUAUAUAAAAUUUCCCAAAAGGAAGUUGAUCUUGGAAUCUCAGCAUUUUAUUUCAUAAAGAAUGGGUAAGUGUUUUAAUUUUUAUGUUUUUGUUUCAAUGUGCAUGAUUAUACUGUAUGUGAGGAUGCGUUAUGCAUUUUUAAUGUAGGGUUUGGUUAGUUCGAAAUACUUAUUUUGGAAUUUGUGUUUGAGUUUUUGUGGGUUUAAGCUUCCUGCAAUACGACCCCCGAACUUGGUUGUAAGAGCUAUUUUAAAUCUAGAAGUUACCAAAGAUAAACAUUUAGUAUGUUCAUGAAUUUAAGUUAUAGCAUGCAUGCCCUUGCUGUACUGACGAACAGAUUUGCAUGAGUUUUUGAUCUCUCCUGACCUUGACAUGAUUGCCAUUACAAAACGAAAACCAGGAUAAAAGAAGAAUUUUUUUCAUUUUAGGAAACUUGACUCCAGUGUUUGAAGGGAUUACCGUAGGAGUUCUAGCAGCUGUGGUAUUGCUGCUAAUCUGCCUCAUUUUCAUCAAGCGCAAACGAUAUCUAAAAGGCCAAGCCGAGAACAAUGAGUACACGCCACUUGAUACAAACCCUACCCCUGCAGAUUUUCUUCAAAACAGGGCCAUGUACACAAGUUCCAAAGUCCCAACACAAUGCGAGACGGUCCAGCCUCCUAACCCUAAGAUAAUUUGGGCUAUCCCAGAUAGUGUACCCGAAAGACCCAGGUCGGUGUCUUGCCCGGAUCGCCGAAACGCCAUCUCAGAUCUUGGUCCGAAAACGGAAGAAAAGGGGAAGAAAUCGGCCGAGACCCCAGGCAUUAAAGAGAGAAGAUCUCGCCGAUAUCGCCGCAGCAAAACAGAUUCCUGUAACCAUGUCUGUCAAAUUCAAUUCACAGUGUUCUAUAACUACUACCACUCCAAGUUAAUACUGCAGCUUGUAUGCGCUUCGAAAGUCCCUUCGACUUUUGGCCUGAACUACGGCAGUUACAUACAAGUGGAAUUAGAGCCAGUAGCCGAGAAGUAUACAACGAACAUACAACUGCAUACCAAUAAUCCAGUAUUUGACGAAACUGCAGAAUUUCCUGAGAUUUCCUCGGAUGAACUACUAAAUAUGACCCUGAAGCUAAGGUUGUGUACCGUGGAUCGGUUUAGUCACAGUACCGUCGUGGGUCAAGUCAGAGCACCUUUGGCAGAAUUGGAUUUCAACCCUGAGAAACCGACCACCUUAUGGCGACCUAUCACUGCACCCAAUGAUCAGCAGGUUGGUAACAUUGAUGGCUGUCUCUUAAAGCCUGGUUGGCACAAUCAAAGUUUCUGUGAUCACAGUAGGAAUUUUGCAUCGGUAAAUUCUAAGUUUUGACGGAUUGUAAGACUACAGUCUAGUGGCCGAAAGUUCGUCAAAAUAAAUUAUUUUUGGUCAGAGAACGAGUUCACCUGACCGCGUUUCAUCCAUAUUUAUUGUAAGAAAUGUUUGAGAGAGCUGACUCAGUGUUUAGCAUUAAGUUAGUCCCCUCAAACAUUUCUUACCAAUCCUCUAAAACUUGGAAUUUACCCAUGCAAAAUUCCUACUGUGAUCACAGACACGAUAUAUCAGUGGUGGUCAACGUUAUGGAAGAAGUAUUGUCACUUAGACUUUUUAGGAGCAAGAGAAUUAAAUUACAUCUGUGAAUUCUAUGUAUUUGCCACAAGUCGACUACAUAUAAUGAAAAGAAUGAACAUCAUUUUCUCACUCUGAUAACUGCAGGUUGACCAUCUGCUGCACGAUAGGGAAGAAGCCUGAAGGUGUAGCUUGUUAGGGCACAGUUUUCUUAGAGUACCCACGUGCAGCAAACACUGUCAGCCUCUCAAAAUUAAAUAUGUGACCUAUGCUGAGUUAAGUGAAACAAUUUGCGUACAAAUACCAAGUAAAUAGGCCAGAAUAUAAAGCUUAAUCAUUUUUUUACUAAUAGAUGCAUUGAAAAUUGACAACUCGAAAGUGAAGUUUGGUUUUGCACCCAAUAAUCUAUUAUAAUAGUUUAUUAUAAUGCAGAGCAUUCAUUGAACAAUUUUGUACGAGUCAACCAGAAUCUUCUUCUAAGCGGCAUUCAUUAAGAAUUCAUGUUCGCGUUCUGUGUUUUGACAAUUUGUCUUCCGUUUCAGCGAUCUGAUUGUUAAACUCAUCAAAGCAGAACAAUGGUCUGUUUAUGAUUGCAUCAAUACGAUUCCCCUUGCUUGCAUAACACAAAAACAUCCUAUUACGUAAUUACAUAAACGAAAGCGAAUUCACUUUUCAAUGACUGGCCAAUAUUAUAUAUUGGGCGCUUUCCAUUUAAUGGCCUGACUGGUCAGACCCGAAUUCUUUUCUCUGUAUCAAUGGAAAGAUCUGGCCUAUGUUUUUCAAAUAUCUAGCGAAAAUGGACCUCAUUCUAUUGUUAUCUAAAUUUUAUGGUCAGAUAGGUCCGAAGCCCAAGUGUUUUGUGUUCCAUUCAACAAUUUGACCGGUCUGGCCGUGUUAAUGGAAAGCGCCCAUUGAUUCUCGUGAGCCUGAACGUAUGAUAAAACUAGCAUUAUAGAGAGAUUUAGUCGACGGAACGCAACGUUAAAGCAUGGACAUGGUUUACACGUCUAGCAAUUCUGUCGGCGAUCUUUCUCCUGGCAAAUGUGAUCGAAUGAAUAACGUACAAUACAAAAGACUUAGAAUUGUUUACUUCUGAAAAGCGACUCUAUACUUUUGUAUGCGAGUUCACUCAUUUGCAUCCGUCAGAAACUCAAAAUCGCCGACAAAAUUGUUAGUGUGAACAGCCUGGCUGUACACGAUACGACCACAGAAUAUAUACCAGACCAGAAGGGACACUCCUAUAUGUGUUUUGGCUUUGGGAAAACGUCCGAAAUUUUUUACGUGCUAUGACGCCAUCCUGGAGUGCACACGGCACUUUGCACCUAUGUUUGUCCUAUGAGAAACAUCCGUGUGCACUCCAGGAUGGCGUCAUAUGAAGGCGUAUUUUCACAUCAGCACUCGUAAAAUUUCGGACAAAAUAUCGUCUGAGUGACACUUCUGGUCCAGUAUCUAUUCUGUGAUGCGACUGUCGCAUAUACGAUUGUCAUUCUGGCGUAUGAAAACGACUGCUGACGCUACCAUUCCUGUUCAUCAAUUUAUGGCGAAGUUUGAAAUGUGAUCUAUUCGAGUACAUACGCCAGGAUAAGAAUCGUAUACAAAUAGCCGUAUCUUGUAGAUAGGCUUUUAUAGAUUUUCCACACUAGAAAUUUUGAGAGAAAAGUAUAUAUGCAAAUAUUCUAUGGCUAUGCACAUUUGUUGUUUGCUCUUGACAAAUGAACUUUGUGGCUCCAGUGAUCCAAGCACUGCACUGAAAUGGCAUUCGAUUCCUACCAUAGAGAGGGUCUUGUCCACUAUACAGUUAACUAUUUUUCGUAACCGUCCUCGUAUACUCCAAAUCAAGACAUCUUCAAUAUGUUUAUUUAUAUAACAUUGACUCAAACUUUCAAUCAACAAAGAGCUCUUUAAGUCAAUUAAGUCAAUUUUUUUAUUUACCAAUUUUUUGUCAAUUUUUUUUUAAGUUUUGAGUGAAUGCCCUUUACAGGCAAUGAUUUCUUUUUAAAUUUUCUUUUCUCCUUUUUCAGCCAAGAAUCUCAAGUUCUCUGUUAUCACUCAAAGAUAUAGUGAACAAAGGAGAGUUGACGAUAUCUCUAAAAUAUCAAAUUCUCACAAAUAAAAUUACAGUGGUUAUUAUGAAGGCAGUGAAUUUGCCAAGUAUCAGCAAGAUUUUUGCUAUUGGUACGUUUAUAAAUAUUAAAGUCCAUUAUAAAUUAAUUAGUUUAGUUUAGGUUUACUCCUGCAGUAACACUGGAUCAAUAAGAGAUGAUCCUUACUGGACCUCUAGGAAGAACAGUUUAGAACUGAUGAGCUAUUCAGUAUAAAUAAAGUUAGUUUAGUUUAGGUUUCCUCCUGUAGUAACACUGAAUCCAUAAGAGAUGAUCCUUACUGGACCUCUAGGGAGAACAGUUUAGAACUUAUAGAACUAUCCAGUAUAAAUAAAGUUAGUUUAGUUUAGGUUUCCUCGUGCAGUAACAUCAGAUCAAUAAGAGACGAUCCUUACUGGACCUCUAGGGAGAACAGUUUAGAACUGAUAGAGCUAUUCAGUAUAAAUAAAGUUAGUUUAGUUUAGGUUACCUCCUGUAGUAAUAUUAGAUCAAUAAGAGAUGAUCAUUACUGGACCUCUAUAGAGAGAUGAGUUUAGAACUGAUAAAACUGUCUAGUAUUAACAAAGUCAGUUUAAUUUAGGUUUACUGGAUCGAUAAGAGGUUAGUCUUAUUGCAUGGACCUUUAUUGGAGCUACCCAUGCAUGCAAUGCAAAUAAAUCAAGUUACUUUAGUUCAACAUUCAACGUUUUCGUUUAAUCCCCUAGAUCCCUAUGUAAUCGUGAAACUCCUACUCAAUCUCAAAACAAUUCAGACCAAGAAGACAAGCAUAAAACGCCGAACCACGUCGCCCAUUUGGAACGAACCUCUGGUUUUCGAGAUCGAUCCUAAAAUCCCGAUCUCUGAAUACAGCAUGUCGUUCAAAGUGAAGUCUCACAACAGUUUGUCUGAAGAUCUGACCGUUGGUGAAAUUGAAAUUGGUAACCAUGCUGAGGAAUCUGGCGAGGAGCACUGGAAAGAUAUGGUUAAAAGGAAGAACCAGGAUAGGGCUAUGUGCCAUAGAGUUAAAUGAAACUGCACGCGAGUUUAUGUACAUCGAGAUCUUAAAAGUCGGUUCUUAUUUUGAGCCACCUUCAGACUUUAAUUACAGGUACUAUAGUGGUUCACCACUUGACACACAUGCACUUGUUGCAUGGAGAAUAACAUGUUCGAAGUUGCUGAUCGCUGAUAAUUGAGUAAUACAUUUUAUUAUAUAAACAUAAGUGUUAUAUAGAGUUUUUGGCCACUGAGAAAGAUCGUACUUAAACACACGUAAAAAAUACGAUAUUUUUACGUGUGAAAAUAUCAUUUGUUGUAAAACGCAUUGCCACGGACGUUUUAUUGUUUUUCACUGAGUUUUGUUUAUAUAAUAAACAGAAAAAUACAUGGAUGCUUGGAAAUACCAGAUUUAUUUCUCGCGUUGAUCAUGCAUGAUACCUCUCACUCGUUCGCUGCGCUCACUCGUGAGAUAUCAUGUUCAACACUCGAAAUAAAUCUGGUAUUUCCGCGCACCCAUGUAUUAUUCUCUUUAUAUUCCUCUUUUGUGACGUCGAGUAACUCAUAUUUAUGGCUGGCUGUCAGCGGCACCAGUAAAAAUUGCGCGAUAAUUACUAUAUCCUUUAAACGACGAGUUCUACGACAGCAAGAAGAAAGCUCGGAGUGAUAGGAAUGCAACUACCUGAUAAUUCAAGGAGAACUUCGACUUUUCGAGCGAAGUUAGUUCCCGACGAAGUUAGUUCCCGUUGAAGUUCUCCUUGUACUUUUAAGGGAGUUGUAUCCCUAUCAAUCUGAAGCUUUCUUAUUAUUGCCACGAGGCCCACGACCUACACUGGCACAGACGUUCAAGAUUAUGUUUAUGUACAAACGCAUACUGCAGUGUGACCAUAGAUAUCUUAUAUACACUAGAUAGCGCAUCUCUUUUAGUAAAAUUGAAGCCAAGAAUAUUCCAGCGGUUACCCCCAUUUGAAUAGAUCUCGGCCAUGUUGGAGUUUCCCACUCGCUAAUAAACGCUUAAAAAACAGCAAUAUAAACUUUCAUUAUUUGAACAGUUUGAAAAUGUAUUUGGAAUAGGUUUAACUUAAUGUUUAAGUUUCAUGUUUAAGAAAUAGAAAACAUACGAGUCUUCUCGUUUCAUGGGAAUAUCCUGAGUCUGCAAUCACGGCUACAAUUUUUGAAUUGCAGAAUAAUUAGAUGCACUAUCUAGUGUAUAUAAGAUAUCUAUGAGUGUGACUAGUACUGUAAACAGUAAAAAUAUAAUGAACACACAUUCCAUGUUUGAAAGUUUUAUUGCGAUACCAACGUGCAUGAUUACAUAUAUAGAUCCCUCAAAUAAUAAAAAUGAAUAAAACGCCCAAUUAAUCAUAUUGCAAGACAUUCACAAUGCCUUUAUGAAUUCAUUUAAAACAGUCGUGCUUGCAUAUAAAAAUCCAAUUAUACUGUGAUUGCAAAGAAUAUAUAAAGAAAACUUGGUGACGUUUCAGUAUUGGUGGGUUUCAGUCAGCAUUAUACCAGGCUAGAGGAGAUGGUCAAUUUUAGAAAUGUUCAUUUAAUAAAAGAAAAAAAAACUUCAUCUCUCAAUUUUUUUUCCCUCCAAAUACAAUCUGCAUGAGAGGAACUACUACCAUUUUUUCAUUCUGAUAACCGGUAGUUUACCAAGUACUAUCCUGCAGCAGAUGGUAUAGUCAAUCUGCUGAUCUGCAGUUAUCUGAAUGAGAAAAUUAUGUUCAUUCUUUUCAUUACAUGUAAUAGUUUUGUAUUUGAAGGCAAAUAAAUAAAAUUGACAGAUGUAUAUGCUACAAUUAAAUUAUAUUCCCAAAGGCUACCUCCUCCGCAGGCCUUUCAAAAAUAUAAAAUUGAUGGGAAACGAAUGGAAAGCUUCGUCUAACCUAACCCUGACUUAACAGCAGCUUCGUCUCGGAAGCUUACAGCAGCUUCGUCUCAGAUUUCAAAUUUUAACCUGCGAACGGGCAUACUCAUUACAGGCUGUAUGGCCUGCGGAGGAGGUAGUUCCCAAAGGUAUAAUAUCGCACAAGAUUGAUUUCUAAAGGUGGACUUCUUUGGACACCCAGUAGAUCUCCACCUCACAGCCUUGUACCACGCUUACCGAAACCCACCUUUUGGACUGCGAUGUUUAUACGUAGUAUCGAUAGUAGACGGACACGCGAUAACGACGCCGACGACGACUACAUCGUAGACGCAACCUGCCUCCGAUUCUGACGCGCCUGCAAACACGGGAAGCGUACGCACCAAUUUCGACUUGAUAACCCGCUGGAAUGGGACCUA